ACCUAUCCGAGUCACGUGUCGGUACCGUACUGUUUGCAAGCGAGAACUAAGCGCAAGCAGUUGCAAGCCCAUCAGAAGUUCAGCCUACGCCGCCAUGGCAAAAGGAAAAAAUCUCAACCCAGCGGAUGCGUUUAGAAAGGCUCAACGAAAGAAAGAACUCAAAAAGAACAAGGCAGAGAGGUCUAAAGCUCGUGACUUUGCUCUAGUCAAGAAAGACACAAGAGAUCUCCAAGAUGAAAUUGAGAAGCUCGAGGGAUUGGCAGAGCCCUCUGGCCCAGAGAAAUAUCGCCUAGCAGAACUCAAGGCAGAGCUAAGCAAAAUCAUGGCUAAGAAAGAAGAAUACGUCCAAGAGCAUCCUGAACAACGUAAACUUGUCUAUCGAGUUCGUAGAGACAAGGAUGAGGUCAACAAAGAGGAACCGGUUGUCGAGCAGAAACGAAAUGUUUUCAACAAACAUGGCUUGCCUCGGCAUCCUGAACGAAGCAUCUACUAUGAUGCUGUCAUGAAUCCCUAUGGAGUACCCCCUCCAGGAAUGCCUUACAUGGAGAGACCUCUGCGGCCUGACGAGACGGCCAGUGAUGAUGAGGCUGAUGGCGAUGACGACGUCGUUAUGCCUGAAGGUCCUCCUCCAACUGGCAACAACAAUGAUAUGGUUGACAGCGAUGAUGACAUUCCGAUGCCAGAAGGACCUCCACCGAGCAUUCUUCAAGCACCACCACUGCCGCCAAACCUUCCCGGCGCUCCGCUUCCACCACCACCAACGUUUGUUAAUUCUAUCCCGGGUCCCCCGCCAUUUCCACCAUCUUACUCCCACGAACCUCCACCAUUUGGACAUAUUCCUCCUCCUAGCUUCCCGCCCGGUAUCUCACCAUACCCUCCCGUAUCUGCAUUCAUGCAACCUCACAUGCCUCCUCCACCUCCUGGGUUUUUCCCCCGUGUACAGUCUACCUCGUCCAUGCAAGAUCCGCUUUCUUCCAUCCCUCAUCAGACAUACCAAGCACACCGUGUCAAUCGCCUGACGCCCCAUCCAUCACUUCCCCCCAAACCUCCGCCAGCCCCUGGUGCUGUUUCCUUAGGGAUUACUGGUAACAAUACCACAGCUACGGUUUCGGCCGCCCCGCAAUUACGAGAUUUCAAGAAGGAGGCUACGGCGUUUGUUCCGACAUCACUCAAGCGGAAAAAGCCUGCUGCUGGGAUGAUGUCAUCUAAGGUUAACGCAGCUCCUUCUCUUGGUACAGGGUCAGAAGCUUCGGAACCAGCACAAGCUUCGCGACCGGAUCUUGUGAGUUCGUUGAUGGAUAAAUUUGGACCGGUACCUGUGGUUGGGGCAGCCUCCCUGAAUGAAAAAAGUUCUUCGAAGGGCAUGCAGCCCAAUGUUGGAAAGAAGGAUGAUUAUCAGAAAUUUGUGGAGGAGAUGGAUGACAUUUUAGGUACUUCGAGGUCAUGAAGCAUCUGCUGCCUGUACUAUGUGUAUUCUUAACCUAAACUCGGAGCGAACAACAGUUUGCUCAGGUGAUUCAAUGUCCAAGAUAGUUUCCUUCAGCUUCUUAGAAAAAAAGUCCACAAAAG